UUUUCUUCUUCUCCCUUUCUUUUCCGACGAGGCCUUCUCCGCCACGGGCGGCGAUGACGGCCUGGUACUCUCAAAGGACCUUUGAAGGCGAGGCCGAUGUUGACGGCGGCGACGAAGACGACGGUGGGAACCGGAGGCCUCGCCGGCGCUCGCGGCCGCGUUGGAGGCGCAGGGGCAGAGGAUACCUUUUUCGGCGCGCUCGAUGGUGGUUUUGCAGUUGACGGAGGCCCUGGUACCCACGCCGGCCGACGAGGGAGUGGCGUAGUGGUGUCGGCUGGGAGUUUGGAGAUGGGCCGCUCGGAGAAGAGCGGAUGCCAAGGAUGUCCGAUGGCGUUAUAUGGUGGCACGACGUAUGGCGGGAGGGAGUCUUCGGGGGAGGACGAGAGGGGGAAAGCCUGCCAGCAUCCCCCAUUCCCUGGGCCUCUCGUCUCUCUCAAACACUCCGACGCCGCGCCAGGGGAACGGGCUAGAUUCAAAAAAAAAAAAAAAAGUACGAAAUCUCGGAAAGGUAUCACAGCUACGGCAUGUUCGCACACGAGGUCGUCCCGGGUCUCGAAGAGCUCCAGCACGUGUCUAAAGGGGACAGUCGGAGGAGGGGAUCGGCACCCGACGACGCGGAGGCGGAACCAAGACGGGCGUCAUCGACGACGGGAAGAAGCUCCAACUCUCCAACGAUGAGGGGGGUUUCCUAAGACGCCAUAGCUGACGGUGGCACAAAACAGGCACUCGAGCAAUGAUCUAUGGCAAUUCCGAGCUGACUGGCGCAUGGAAGUCCAAUCCGUCCUUUGUCUUCAA